AUGGUAGCUAAUGUAGAAUCCAGUCAAGAGGAAAAUGCAAAUUUAAACGCCUCAAUGCAGUCGAAUAAAAGUUCUGAGAGAGAAAUUUCUAUAGUUUUGAGUAAUGAUGGUCAUAAUCCCGGCCUUGAUGCUCCUACUCAGCUUGUAAAGCCAAAUGAGAUCACAUCGCAAAUUGCAACCCAAGAGCAAUGUUUAAAUGAUGCGAAAUUGAACACUAUUAGU